AUGCCGCCGCCGCGGCGGCCGACCCGGACGAAAUCCAAAACCGGGUGCAAGACCUGCAAGAUACGACGCGUCCGGUGUGGAGAAGAGCGCCCGGCCUGUCGACGCUGCGUUUCCACGGGCCGGACAUGUGACGGCUACGGAAUUUGGGGCGGCGGCGGCGGUAGCAGCAGCAGCAGCAGCAGCAGCAGCAGUGCGAACAAAAGCUCGUCCCAACCACGGUGGCGUCCUCGGCAGCCACAGGAGCCAGAGGACGCCGCCGCCGCUGCCGCAGCCGCCGGUUCUCUAGAAAGAUGCACGACCUCUGUCUAUGGACGGCCGAGGUCGUCGUUGCCCGUCCACCCUGCUCGCGCGCUGAAUCCGGAUGAACAAUACCAUUUCGAGUGGUUCUGGCGGCGGACGGCGCGGAAAAUCCCGGGGGCUUUCUUCUCGGACGCGGGCAAUGCGCUGUUUUUCCAGGCUUGUGCCAGCGACGUGGCGGUCACGCACGGCGUGUUGGCCAUGUGUUCUGCACAUCGGGACUCGGAUAAAGCUGUUUGUAACGGUGGUGGUGGGAAGAAGGGGCCGCUACGACUGUCACGGCCACCGACUCUGCUGCGACGCGAGGAAGACUUUGCGUUGCGCCAGUAUAACAAGGCGAUAUGGCAUUUGCGGCCGCACCUGCAGAGCGGCGGCGACACCACGUCGCUGCGCAUCGCGCUCUACUCGUGUCUCGCGUUCAUCUGGGUCGAGUACUUCCGCAGUCGGUACCAGCGGGCGGCAAGUCAUCUGGAGCAUGGUCUCAGGAUGCUCGAGUACGCGCACAGUCUCUCUUCGGGGUCGAGUCGCUUCGGGGCUCAGGCCAUCGAUCAUUGGGUUCGGGGCGUGUUCAAAAAGUUGUACGUGCAGGCGGUUUUGUUUGGACAGCGGCCGUGCCGUGCGUGGCCGUUUCCCAGCGACUUGAAGCCCAUCUCGGGGGCGUCCAUCUUCUUGAACGCGCACGAAGCGAGAGACUAUCUGGAGCGGAUCCUGUUGCAGAUCUGCGAUGUGAUGCAUUCACCCGAACCCGUCGAAGCAGAUGAUGCACGGCGACUCUGCGUCAAAGGUCUCAUGGAUGACCUAAAUGCUUGGGCGUCCGCUUACGACAGCACCCUCGCCCUGCUCGAGUCCCAGAUGGACAAGGUGGAAGCCUUUGCAUGCCGGGUGCUCCGCAUGUAUCAUACCAUGGCCGUCAUCAUGGCAGACACGGCGUGCGAGUGCGACGACGAACUACAAUACGACCGCCACACGGCCCAUUUUCUGUCCAUCAUAGAACAAGCGCUGGAGAUGCGCAAGGUCGCCUUGAACGGCAAGAUUCGCGAGAAAUACUUCGGACCAGAAGGUGGGCUCCCGCACUCGAUCGGCGACAUGGGACUGAUCACCCCACUGUACUAUGUCGCGGUCAAAUGUCGCGUGCGUCGCCUCAGGGUGCACGCCAUCAGAUUGCUCGAGGAGGAACCACGCAAAGAAGGGAUCUACGAUGCCGUCUUGGUGGCGAAUAUCGUGAGGAAGGUGACCGCUCUCGAAGGCGGCCUCCACAGACCAGACCCCUCCGAGGACGACUUCCCUCUACCGGAGCUCCCCAGGGAGGCCGACCUGCUGUUCGCUCAAGUCCCAUCAGCACAGUGCCGCGUGCACAUCCUCGAGGUCUUGCUACCUGACGAUCCUUGGGAAUGUGCCGUAGUGCGGUGCAGGCGUCAGCACGCUAUUGAACGACUUCAGAUCUCUGCGCAGCUUUCGACAGGCGAGGACGAUGCGUGA